AUGGCAACGUAUUCUCCACCUGCUCCAAUGAUCUUACGUCGCCAGGCUGAUCAUCUAUCUAUCCAGACGGGGGCUGCAGCCGGCAGAACCGAGACGAUGAAAAUCAGUCAGCUCUGGAUAUACCCCAUAAAGUCACUUCGCGGGUGUCAAGUCCCAGCCGCCAUGUUGACACGAGAAGGGUUCUACCUCGACCGGCGCUUCAUGCUCCUCAAGGACCACGGGCAGAGUCCCCCCAAGCUCGAGAACAUGGCCAUCGCCAAGUUCGCACGCAUGUGUCUCUUCCACACCUCGAUCAGAGACGGUACCCUGAUCGUUACCUACCGGCCUCCGGGCUCGUCGAUAUCUGGCAGCUGCGAAGCCGAUAGCAUCGAGAUCCCGCUGGAUCCAGAAUCCUAUGAGGGUUUGAGAAAGAUCCCCGUUGUCAUGCACGGGAGUCCGACGACGGGGUACGAUAUGGGUGAGAGGUACGGGGAAUGGCUCUCGAGACGUUUCGGGUUUAAGGUGAUUCUAGCUUUCUGGGGGGGAAAUCCUCGUCCUGUCCUCGGCAACCUCCCUGUAGGCAAGUCUCCGAAUCUAGGACCGACGCCAAAACACGUCGUCACAGAAAUGUUGAGUGCGGUUCCAUUCAUAGGAGCGAUGCUCCGUCAAGAUGACGAUGAUGACGAUGAUGGAAUUGCUUUCAACGAUUGCGCCCCGUUUCUUGUCAUCAGCGAUACUUCAGUCGCGGACGUCACCACUCGCUUGCCGGCAGACGUAGAGAUGGACCUCACGAAGUUCCGCGCCAAUAUUGUCGUCGCGGGCUCUCCUGAACCGUACGCUGAGGACUACUGGGCUGAGCUUGCGGUUGGAGACGAUGGCUCCCACAUCAUCCUGACGGCCAACUGCGCGAGAUGCAAGAGUCUAAACGUGGAUUAUCACACCGGGGAGAGCGGAACCGGGAGAGAUGGUGAGGUCUUGAAGCUGUUGCAGAGUGACAGGCGAGUCGAUCCAGGAAUGAAGUACAGUCCCAUCUUUGGCCGAUAUGGCUUUGUCGGUAAGGGAGACGUGGGAAAUGUGUUGAAGGUGGGUGAUGGGGUUGUGGUUACGAGGAGGAAUGAGGAGAGGUCGAAGUUCUACUGGCCGGGGAUCUCUACGCCUUGGGAAUGA